AUUCAGCUUGGGAUUUGUCUUUGUCUCCACAGUAAAAAUCGAUUAGGAGUCGUCUUGAAAAUUCUCUUCUUCCACAAUAUCCCAAUCUGAAAAAUCCGAUCGGGGUCAAACAUGGAUGGAAACAAAGACGAUGCCUUGAAGUGCUUGAGAAUCUGCAAAAAUGCUUUGGAAGCUGGAGAUCGACCUCGCGCUUUGAAAUUCCUUGCUAAAGCUCGUCGUCUUGAUCCCAAUCUCCCAGUCGAUGAUCUCGUAUCUGAGCUGAGCAACAAAUCAGACGAACCAGGAUCUGAAAAGUCGCCUGGAUCUGCCACCGCCAAGGAUUCAUCUAAUUCUUCAGAUCGGCCUUCGUUACGUCAACGUGGAUCGUCAACGACGUCAUCGUCUUCUUCUGUGUCCUACACUGAAGAACAGAUCUCGAUCGUGAGAAAGAUAAAAUCCAAAAAGGAUUAUUACGAGAUCUUAGGUCUUGACUCCAACUGUUCGGUGGAUGAUGUGAGGAAAGCUUAUCGGAAACUCUCAUUGAAAGUUCAUCCGGAUAAGAACCAAGCUCCUGGUUCUGAAGAAGCUUUCAAAUCGGUCUCCAAGGCGUUUCAGUGCUUAAGCAACGAGGAAGCUAGGAAAAAGUACGAUGUUAGUGGUUCCGAUGAACCUGUUUACCAACCUCGUCGAUCUGCCAGAAGUAAUGGAUUCAAUGGUGGAUACUAUUACGAAGACGAAUUUGAUCCUAAUGAGAUAUUCAGAAGCUUCUUCGGUGGAGGAGGAUUCGGUGGUGGAAUGCCUCCUGCCACUCAAUUCCGAUCAUUCAAUUUCGGGGCUACUCGUCAUAGAGCAGCUAAUAACAAUCAAGCUCCUGAAGCAGGUUUCAAUGCUCGGAUACUUCUCCAGCUGCUUCCUGUUGUGUUCAUUCUCCUGCUCAACUUCUUGCCUUCUUCUCAACCUGUUUACUCACUCUCUUCAACUUAUCCUUACCAUUACAAGUUCACUACACAGAAAGGUGUCAAUUACUUUGUGAGAUCAUCUAAAUUCGAGCAGGAUUACCCACAUGGUAGCAACGAUCUACAGGUUUUGGAACAACAAGUUGAGAGGGAUUAUGUGUCUAUACUUAGUCAGAAUUGUAGGUAUGAGCUGCAGAGGAAACAAUGGGGAUUUGUUCAUGAUACACCUUACUGUGAUAUGCUGAGAAGCUUUGAGACGGCUGCUGCUUAAAACCAGUGGAGCUAGCACAAAGAAUGAGGCACAAAUGGUUCAGCUUAUAAGCGUUUUCAUGUCGUUGCCUUCACGAGUCAGAACUGAUAAAUGUUUUUCUUAUUGUUUCGGAUUUUUAUAUAAUGCUUAGAAACCUAACAUACGAUCCUUGGGUUUUGUGUGAUUAUUAUCUCUGAAUUAAGUUUUGGAUUUUUGAUAA